AUGACCAGCUUCUUACCAAAACUCUACUCCCGGUCUGCCCCAAUCUUAGCGACAGCACGCCGUUCGCUCUCGAUCUCUGCCGUCCUCAAUGUCGAACCCAAGGUACCCAAACUAUUGAACACACUCCUUCAUGGCUCCGAAGAAGCUCGAAAACAAAACGAGGCUUUCCAGAGUCAUAGUACCACCGUGGGCUCUAAAACGAUAAGUGAAGUUCAGAAACAUCGGGUUCACCCUCAGCAUGUUGAUAAGUACAAAGAAAUCAUCGGCACAUACUUUGAAAAACUCAGCUCUCAAAACGAUCUCAACAUGACAUUAAAGGGCUCUUUUGAGGUAGUUGUUGGCGAGCUUGAUACCUUUGUUCAUAUCUGGGAGUUUGAAGGGUACAAGGGUUACGAUGAUGCCACUAGCAAAAUGCGUGAACGAUCGGAGCAUCAAGAAUUUGCCAAAAGCAUCAGACCCCUCGUCCAUUCCAGAAACUCACAGCUUUGUAGAGAGUUUGCAUUCUGGCCAUGCUCAGGUCCGAAAGUCAACGGUGGUAUCUAUGAGAUGAGGAGUUAUCAGUUGAAACCGGGCACGCUUUUGGAGUGGGAAACAGAAUGGAGAAGAGGUUUGGAAGCUCGCAGAAAAUUUGUCGAGCCAAUCGGAGCCUGGUUUGCUCAAGUAGGUAGGCUUCAUCAGGUCCAUCACAUGUGGCAGUACCCGUCUUUGCAAGCUCGGUUAGAGUUACGCGAGAAGGCCUGGCAAGUUGACACCUGGAGCAACACCGUCUCCAACACUGUGAAGCUGUGUGAUUCGAUGGAUGCCAAUGUAUUAUUACCCAACAGCUUCAGUCCUCUCCGCUAA